AACAAGCCUCGCAAUUUUGUUGCUCUCGCGGUAAUCUCUGUGAAAUAUGACUUUGUUUCUCGUGGAACAAUAACAGACUUAUUGGUUCGUGUUUUUAUCACAAUUAUUGAAUCAUGCCCAUUUCCUGUUCUGCAGUCGAUUGCUCCAACCGCUUUGUCAAAGGGUCAGAUAUCCGAUUCUACAGGUUUCCAAUCAGCAAGCCUCAGCUGGCCGAGCAAUGGGUACGAAGCCUUGGGAGAAAGAACUUCGUUCCCACUCAGAACUCCUGUUUGUGCUCUGAGCAUUUCCAGCCUGACUGCUUCCGUGACUAUAAUGGAAAACUGUUUCUCAGAGAGGAUGCUGUGCCUACUAUUUUCACAAACUCUGGAGGAGAUGGUUCAAAGAUUGAGUUACGGAAAAAUCGAGGAGGAAUAGUGGCAAAGGAUGCAAGUGAAUCCAGUCGGUUUACAUCAUAUUCUGAUAGAGCCAAACAAAUGGCAAAGGACAGAAGACAGCCCAUAAGAGACUCCAGCCUGAAGGGCAGAGGCAUAAAUGACCAGAAACGUGGAGGGGCAAAGCUCACAACAGGUGACAGACAGAGCCUGGCUGUCAAGAGUAAGGUGUAUGACAGCAAAGGCCUGCUGAUAUCAUGUGGGAGGGAUCUUUGCGAUUGUCUUGAUGUCGACUGUAUGGGCUGCUUCUACCCAUGUCCCGAGUGCGGCUCUCGGAAGUGUGGUGUGGAAUGCAGGUGUGACCGGAAAUGGCUAUACGAGCAGGUGGAAGUAGAGGGUGGUGAGAUCAUUCGCAACAAGUUUGCCAAUUAGCUAACCUGUUGGGAGACAGAAAAGACUACAUUACUUCUGUAACUGAGAAUAGAGGACUGGCAUUGGCUUUGUGGAUGGACGUUGCAGAAGUAGAUGGUUUAAUUGGUAUAUUGUUUAUUUUUUAUUGUUGUCAUAUGUUUUUGAAAUAUUUUUGCUAUUUUGUUUUUCAUGCUAUCGCAGCUGUAUUCAUUGUUUAUUUCUUCCAGGAUUUUUGUCACGAUUUAGCUAAAUUGUCUGUUUUAAAUUUGCAUUUACACUUACAAAAAUAAAAGUAGAAUAUAAAUAAAA